AUUAAUCAAAGAAAUUGUUUUUUACUGUCCUUACUGAUCUGUCCGUCUCCACACAAGUCUUUAAAUAAAGACUCGCAAUCAUACUGAGGAUAUAGCACCGACAAAAACUAUGGGGGCUCGUCAGCAAGGAGGCAGCGCCAUCCAAGCCACCAGCACAGGCGGGCAUCCUUCUCUUCACACGGUUAAGCCCUUGGGCAGAACACUUUUCAACCGUGUGUUUGCAACCAUUUAUGCUCUUUCCAUUUUAGCUCUACUCUUUUACCAUGCAAAAACACUCUUCUACUCCACAACCCUGGUCUCUUUCUCCGUAACCCUCGCUUUGUUAAUCUCCGAUCUUGUUCUAGCAUUUUUUUGGGUCAGCACACAGACUUUUCGAAUGUUUCCAGUCUAUCGAAAACAAUUCCCUGAAAACCUUAAAAAAAUAAUGGAAAGGAGUGAUUUUCCUGCCUUGGACGUGUUUAUAUGCACUGCCGAUCCAUACAAGGAGCCACCGAUAAGUGUAGUGAAUACGGCUUUAUCUGUAAUGGCGUAUGACUAUCCAACAGAGAAGAUUUCAGUCUAUGUAUCUGAUGAUGGAGGCUCAGCCUUGACUCUUUUUGCUUUCAUGGAGGCUUCCAAGUUUGCUACUCACUGGUUACCAUUUUGUAAGAAGAACAAUAUACUAGAGAGGAGCCCUGAAGCAUAUUUUGAAUUAAAUCACACCUGCACAUCUGAGGCUGUAAACAUCAAGAUAAUCUAUGAAAGCAUGAAAGUGAAGGUAGAGCGUGUUCUUGAGAGGGGAAAAGUUGAGGAUGAGAACAUCACUAGUGGCCAAGAACGAGAAGCUUUCAACAAAUGGGCUGAUAGCUUCACACGACAAGACCAUCCAGCUGUGAUUCAGGUUUUGUUAGAUGCUAGCAAGGAUAAAGACAUCGCUGGUUAUUCGAUGCCAAAUCUCAUCUACGUCUCUAGAGAGAAAAACAAGGCUUCACCUCACCACUUCAAAGCUGGUGCCCUUAAUGCCUUGCUAAGAGUAUCAGGUUGCAUGACCAAUGCGCCGAUAAUCCUAACUCUAGACUGUGACUCAUGCUCUAAUGACCCCGAAACACCGCUGAGGGCAAUGUGUUAUCUGAGUGAUCCAGAGACUCGGCCACAAUUAGCUUACGUUCAAUUUCCUCAAAUAUUUCGAGGAAUCAACAAAAGUGACAUCUACAAUGCCGAAUUCAAACGUUUGUAUCAAAUUAAUGUCAUGGGAUUUGAUGGAUUAAGUGGCCCUAAUUAUCUUGGAACCGGAUGUUUCUUUCAACGACGAGCUUUCUACGGAAGUCCAUCAAGCCUCGCCUCACCAGAGAUUCCUGAACUAGCCCCGGACUAUAUCGUGGACAAGCCUAUCCAGUCGCAGUCAGUUCUGGCAAAAGCACAUCAAGUAGCAACUUGCAAUUAUGAAAGCCGAAGCAACUGGGGCUCAAAGAUCGGAUUCAGAUAUGGAUCAUUGUCUGAGGAUUACCACACAGGUUUCAGGAUGCAAUGCGAGGGUUGGAAGUCCAUAUUUUGCGAUCCUGAUAGACCUGCAUUCUUGGGUGACGUUCCCAUCACCUUGAAUGAUGCGCUGAAUCAACAAAAGAGAUGGUCAAUUGGACUUCUCGAGGUGGGGUUCUCUAAAUACAGCCCAGCAACCUUUGGUGUUAAAGCAAUAGGUCUUUUGAUGGGACUUGCUUAUGCACAGUCAGCAUUCUGGGCCAUCUGGUCGAUUCCGAUCACCACAUACGCUUUCCUUCCCCAGCUAGCUCUUCUCAACAAAGUUUAUAUAUUCCCGAAGGUGUCAGAGCCAUGGUUUUUCCUGUACGCAUUUCUUUUCUUGGGGGCAUACGGUCAAGAUUUUCUUGACUUCAUCUUAGCUGGCGGAUCAAUCCAGAGAUGGUGGAGUGAUCAGCGAUUUUGGAUCAUAAGGGGAAUAUCAAGUUACGUAUUUGGUUCCGUAGAGUUCUUCCUCAAGUUCUUGGGAAUUUCAGCAUUUGGCUUCAAUGUGACAAGCAAAGUAGUUGAUCAUGAACAAAGUAAAAGAUAUGGACAAGGGAUCUUCGAGUUUGGGGUACAUUCACCCAUGUUUGUGACCCUAACAGCGGCAGCCAUAAUUAAUUUAAUCUCAUUUUCCCAAGGGCUUGUUGAAGUUUUCAGAGGAAACAAUUUGGAGGGACUAUUCGUGCAGAUGUUCAUAUCUGGUUUUGCCGUGGUGAAUUCUUGGCCAAUUUAUGAAGCCAUUGCAUGGAGAAAGGAUAAGGGGAAAAUGCCUAUUAAAACCAGUAUUAUUGCAACACUUCUGGCAGGUACAUUGUAUACUGUAUCUUGUUUCGUUUUCUUGUAAGAACAUUAAUGAGGACUUGUCGAUGAAUUAUAUGAUAAUUUAUUGUGGCAUUCCUCCUUCGAAUGUCCUCUUCUUUUUUAUAUUAAAAGAAGGUUCACUUAA